AUGGCUGGGAGGUGGAUCAGACUGUUUUGGAUUCCCAUGGUGCUGGGCAGGAGUCUCCUGUUACCUUGGCUGAGCGUGGGCGCAGAUGGGUGUGGGCAGGUUGUCCGAACGACUAGGGAUGGAGAAGAGGCGAUGGACAGUUCAACCAAGAGGAACAGCGACAACCACAACAAGGAUCCUCUUCCUGGUGAAGCGAACCGUCCGCUCUCGGUACCGGUCACGAACCCCAACCACCCGUGGCGCAUUUCUCAACCCUCACUGGUGGGUGCACACGCACAAGGCCGCGUCUCCAGAUCAAGGCUGGCACAACCUUGGCCAUUGCCUCUGCAAUGCGCCGCCGCAUCUUCUGCCACCAUUGCGGACCGCGAUGGAAAUGCGUCCUCGUCACCAAUACACCCCAUGGGGUUCCGACGACUGCUGCAACAGCCUUUCCUGGGCCUCGUCCGUGGACGGUUUCGCGUGCAAGCCAACGUCUUCGGGCGCGCAUCAAGACAGCACAAGCAAGAGCAAGGGAAGAGGCAGGGCACAAUGGGCUGCCGCCCCAUAACCGUCAUCCGCGAAACAUGGGACAUCUACACAGCCACCGAGCGCCGCAACAUUGCCAUCUAUAUCGCCGGCAUCAUGAUGUACAAGUUCGGCCUCGAGGCCUUCAACGGCUCCGUCAUUGCCCUCGCCACCAACCGCUACGAUGAACUGGAGAAGGAGAGGCACAUCUCCAUUACGUUCCAGCGCGUUGGCGUGCUGACCGGCCUGAACCAGGCGUUUCAGUGCGUGGGUAGUAUUUUGAUCGCGCCCUUGAUCAAGCGGUAUCCGACGAAGAAUGUGCUGGCGUGUGCCGUGCUCAUCUUUGGCUUCAUGAGCAGUACCUUGUUGAUUCUGGACGCAGCAACGGGGGGCACGUUUGUACCGAGAAACCAUCCAAAGGGGGACUUUAGCUACUAUGGAAACUAUAAUACGGACGGCAUCAUUCCCAUUUUGUACGGCAUGGUAGAACUCAUCCGCCGUGUCAUUCCCCGAGACCUUGUGGGUGGAAACGUGCAGAAGCUGCGACGGAUGGACUCGCUCGUGCACAUCUUCUACGAAAUCUCGGGCACGGCGGGCGCGUUUUGCACGGCGCUCGCGCUCAUCCCCCAUUUUGGCAACAACUUCUCCUUCAUCAUUACCCCCAUCUUCUUCGCCGCCGCCUCGAUACUCUGGUUCCUCAUCCACGAAGCCGUUGGCAUACCGGCCGAGAGCCGGCCAUCCGGGCUGGACAACCAGCCGACGUACGCCAAGGCGGUCAUGGGCGGCUUCUAUCUCUUCUUCGAGUCGGUGUGGACGGGCGGGAAGAUCAUCUUUACGCACAGAAAGUUUGUGUGGCUGCUUCCCGGAUACGCGAUUGCACUGUACGGCCAUCGGUACCUGGAGAAUUCGAUUGCGCCCGCCGUGGCUCGUCGAUACUUGGGCAACUCGGCCUGGUCACAGAUCAUGGUGGGCGGCUCCAACUUUGGAGAAUUGCUGGGCGCGCUGUUCGUCUUCAUGUUCACCAACCUGGUGCAUACGCCCAUGCCAUGGCUACGGCUCGAUGCACUGGCGCUCCUGAUUGUCUGGUACCUACCCUACUGGCACCCCCCGAAGAACGACGUCGGACAGGCAUGGAUCGUAGCCGCAACCUUCCUACCCAUCAGCUUCGGCUGGGCGGCCGGCGAUGUCUCGCUCGCAGCCUACAUCCAGGCCUCGCUCGCGCGCAUCGAGUCGACGACGCAAAACGUGUCGGCUCUCGGUGCCGUCAUGGCCUUUCUCUACAGUUCCUAUAUUGUCACCUAUGCUAUUGCCUCUGCCCUCCUCGGCACCUACAUCGACCGCGUCUCCGACCGGAACAACGAGGAGAUCCAGCCGGCCAUUUUCAACGUGGCCGGCGUGCAGUUUACCGUCCUCUGUGCGCUCGUGUUAUCGAGCACGUUUGUGCCCAAGGGCGCCUUCUCCCUCAACCCGGAGAUGCUGAGCGAAGAGUAUCUCGACACCGAUCUCGAGGACGAGGAGUUGGAGUAUGUGCCCGGUGUGCAGAGUAAGAGCAAGCGCAGCAUCGAGAGUCAUGAGAUGGGUAGUAGGACGGACAGCAGCGCGUGA